AUGGCAGAAGCAGCCGGACUUACACUUGGUGCUCUCGGCAUCGCCGCACUCUUCAAUAACGCCCUUGAAUGCUUUCAGUACGUUCGUGUAGCCAAGGACUUUGGCCAAGACUUCGAGACAUACCGCAUCAGGCUCCAUCUAUCCGAGAUUCGGCUCUCUCAUUGGGGCAGUGCCGUGGGUGUUACAGACACGGACGCUGAAACCCCUCUCCGUUUCUCUCCGGACGAGCAAGAAGUUGCGCAACGGACGCUUGAGCAUAUCAUCAAGCUGUUUCAGGUAACGGAGGAGAAGGCCAAAAACUUGGAGAGAAGAUCAUCAGAGCCUGAAUUCAGCGAUCGCAUGAGGAAGUUGUGUGAUAAGAUGAACAAGCUGGCUCUAGGCAGAACCAAUAAAGCAUCCAAGACGAAAGACGGUCUGUACGCGAAAACGAAAUGGGCGCUGUUCUCUCGGCAGGGUUUCAUCGACCUCGUUGGGUCUAUCUCCAGUCUAGUCAACGAUCUUAUAUCCGCUUUUCCAGAUGGUAUCAAGAAGAAUAGGGAGCGAUUGUGCAACGAAGACGUAGAGGAGCUUGUUGCGAAUGAACCGGAAGUCUCAACUCUGCUGAAGGACGCUUUGGGCGAGGAUGACGAACAGAUGCAAGGCGCAUUGCAAAAGGCUGUUGCUGCGACACAUCAAAAUACCACUACGUUCUCUGGUUCUGUCAUCACUCUAAUGCCCACUCGCCAUCCCCGCAUACCAAAUGUCAAACCCACGAAGCAUUCACUCUAUCUCGCACCCAUACGUUCUUUGGUGCAAGUCGCUGCAUCAAAGCCCCGCCGCGUUCCGAUUUCCCCGCUGAGAAGACCGAAUACCUUCACGCCUACCGCCUCCAAACUCUACAAGCCAGUUACUGCGACCGCCCCGACUAAACGCGAUAGCAUCGUCGCAAAGAUGCCUGAAACUAGCGUUCGACGCGUAGAUCCUCAGAAGCUGGGGAAAAUCACAUUCAAGAAGUCGGAGGACUUAAUCGAUGAAUGGGACAUAGAAUACGACGAUACAGAGGGCGAGGCUAAUGCCGGAACACUGAAGCAAGCAGCGGAGGAGCUUGUGAAUACAAACACCCCAGUCGCCUUUCCGACGGAGACUGUAUACGGACUCGGCGCGGAUGCGACAAGAAGCGCGGCGGUGAAGGAGAUCUUCGCGAGCAAAGGACGACCAGCCGACAACCCUUUGAUUGUCCAUAUACAUUCGUUGCCGCAGCUGCGAGCGCUACUGCUGGGUAAACUAGAUGUCGUAGGAGACGGCAAAGAUGCUGGAAAGGAUCCCAUGCCGGAUAUCUACAAGCCGGUGAUUGAGCGCUUCUGGCCUGGACCCCUCACUAUCAUUCUACCGGCCCCUGAGAAUUCGAUCCUCGCACCAGAGGUGACAGCAGGUCUUCCGACUUUUGGCGCACGAAUGCCGCGUUCUAUCAUCGCCUUGUCCUUGUUACGGCUAUGCGGUCGCCCACUCGCCGCACCAUCCGCAAAUGCGUCCACACGACCUUCGCCCACCGCUGCGGAACACGUUUACGACGACUUGAACGGCAAGCUAAACCUGAUAAUCGAUGGCGGGCCAUGCGAAGUGGGAGUUGAAAGCACAGUCAUAGACGGACUAUCGAGCCCACCUGCGAUACUGCGGCCGGGUGGCGUCACUGUGGAACAAUUACGGCAAUGCCCAGGAUGGGAGAACGUAGUGGUCGGAUACAAGGAUAAGCAAGCGGAAGACUCGAGUAAACCACGCGCGCCUGGGAUGAAGUACAGACACUAUAGUCCAAAGGCAUCGGUUCUUCUGUUCGAGGCAGGCGCAAGCCAACCUACAUCGGACGAGCUUAAGAGUAAGAGGCGCAUUGGUGUCAUUCGGACCAAGAGUUGGGAUAAAGUGUUGGGUUUGGGCGCCGAGAAGGUGAAGACAUCGGAUACGAAUGGACCAGGAAUUUGCGCUUCACCGGACACGGCCGCUUCUCUAGACGCCAACGACUCGCCGUCGCGCCUUUCAAAUCUUCUGCGAUCUGUCACUCAGCACCAAAUACCACGCGCCGAUCAUUACAUUGUGAAGCCCGAGGCAGUCCAGGUUUGGGAAAUCAACCUUGGCGCAAAAACUGAGGAUGUUGCUAGAGGUCUAUUCUCAGCACUAAGAGAACUCGACAAGAAAGGCGUCGAGGUCAUAUAUGUGGAGGGUAUCGACGAUAAGACAGGUGACGAUAUUGCCGCAGCGGUCAUGAACCGACUCAGGAAAGCGGCAGAGAUCAGGACAUGA